ACUUUUCACUUGCAUUCUCAGGUUUUAUCUGUUUGUCUGUGACUUUCCUAUCCAGUGUACUUAAAUUGUUUUGAGCUUGGUGGCUGACUCUGCAAUUUGUUUGGCAGAAGUACAUUUGAGAGAGCUUCCUGGGUUUCUUUUGAGAAAGGGGAAAUAAAGCCCCAGAAGAGAGUUCAGAAGGUGCAUAAAGUAUCAGUGAAAAGUAAUACUGCCCCACUGUCAUACAGAUAAAAUAUUUUGCUUGAGGAAAAAAGUGAAGGUAUCCCCUAUAAAGGAGUGUGUUAAGAGGAUCUCAUUCUGCUAACUGGACUUAAGACUUAGAGCUAUGAAUCCAGUAUUGUUAGUUGUAUUGAUUGGUCUCCCUUCCUUGAACUAUGACCCUUUUCCAAGAGGUGCUGCUAUGUUGUGUAAUUUCACGAUGUCAUAAAACGAGGCUUUACUUGAUGAACGUCUCUUCACAGUGGGAUUGCUGCUUUAUAAGCAAUAUGUGCUGUUUGCAGGCCUUCAGUGGAGCAGCGAAGUUUGGGGGAAUGCUAUGGUUAGAAAUGCAGAUCAGUGUAAGUCAACGUCUGAUUACAGAUGCCCCGUACUGCCGCACAGACGUGUGUGGUUUGUUUUCCUCAGAUAGGGUGAAUUGCACAGUGUCGUAUACUUACCCUGCUGCCUUGCACAUCAAAACAUUGCACAGGCAGAGAAGUUUGCAUUGUGCUUUGAUUCAUGUACCCAUCACCUCAGACUUCAAUGCCCAGUGCCCAGUGGGUCUCGGCAACUUACCUGGUACAGAGAGUAUUCCCAGCAAUGCCUACUACACUAAUACUGUGCUGUUCAUCUUCUAGAUAUAACAGGUAUAAUUCCUAAGGAACUCAUCUAUAAAUAGACUGCAAGGGACAACGAUGACAAUGUAUAUAUAGUUAACAAUACUGUAAAUAUUUUAAGUAGGAUGUGGGAACAGUUUUUAGAUUAGUCCUUGCUGUUGAGUGUUACUAGCUCAUUAAAUUUUUUCCAAGCCUCUUGGUAUUGGGUGUGUCUCUUAAAGCUCUAACUCUGUCUCGGUGACUCUGGAAAAAAGUAUUAAAACGUGACCCAAGGACCUGCAACUCCGUGGACAGAAGGGAAAAGACGCGCCUGCCCGCUCGUCGCUGCGGGGCGGCCCGAAAGCCGCCGGGGCCCCGCUCUGGCCCGUUUCCCGGCGGAGCGGGGAGGGCGGGGCGCGGCCGCCGGAAGCCGCGGGGCGCCCGGAAGGGGCCGGGCCGGGCCUGGCUGCGGCAGCGGGCGAGCACGGCGGCGGCGCCAUGAGCAGCCUGCGGGAGGAGGAUGAUCCGUACGUGGUGGAGGAGCCCAGCGACGAGGAGCGAGCGCUCAGCAGUGCUUGUAGCUCAGAGGAUGAGGUGGACGUGCUCCUACAUGGCACUCCUGACCAGAAGCGGAAGCUGAUACGGGAGUGCCUGACUGGCGAGAGCGAGUCUUCCAGUGAUGAUGAGUUCCAAAAGGAGAUGGAAGCAGAACUAAACACCACCAUGAAGACAAUGGAAGGCAAAUGGAAAUCACCCGAAAUGGGUACUUCCUCAAGCUCUGGGCUGACUGGAUCUGCCAGCACUUCAAAAUACUAUGAUGAUGUUUACUUUGAUUCUGAUUCAGAGGAUGAAGAUAAAAUAGAUACACAGGAUGUCCGGAAAAACAGAAAACAUCAGCAACGUCGGAUUCUCUCCAAUGAUGAGCUGCUGUAUGACCCAGAAGAAGACAGCAGAGACCAAGAGUGGGUAGACUCACAGAGGAGAGGGUACCGUAACCAGAGAAGAGCACCACAGCAGCGGCAGGCAAAACCUGCAGCUGUUCCAAAUAGUGAUGCUGUUCUGAACUGCCCUGCCUGCAUGACAACACUGUGCCUGGACUGCCAGAGACAUGAAUCUUACAAAACACAGUACAGAGCAAUGUUUGUGAUGAACUGUGUUGUUAACAAAGAGGAAAUACUGAAAUACAGAAAGAAGGUAAAGAGAAGAAGUAAGAAAAUGAAGCAGAGCAAAGAAAUUGGCUCUAUACAGUCAAAUGAAGAAGAAGAGGAAAUAUAUCAUCCAGUAUUAUGUACUGAAUGCUCAACUGAGGUAGCAGUAAUGGAUAAAGAUGAAGUUUUUCACUUCUUCAACGUUCUGGCCAGCCACUCCUAAUGUGGAAAUGCAGAGGGAAAAAUCCUGUGUGCUUUUAAGAGCGUGGGAAGUGUUAGAAAUGCAGGCACACUCGCCUUUUUGAAAAUGUAGUUUUAUAAAUGCGCAUUUUCAUCUGAGAACUUUAUAAUGGUUGGACUUUUUGCAAAGUUUAUAAAAGGCAUACUGUUAACUGCAUGUAUAUGAUAGCUAUAUUUGUUCUCACCAUCAGGCGGUUGUCAUUAGGUUAUCAUUGGGGAUUAAAUAUUUUGUAAAUACCAUGUAAAAUCUGUAUAUUACGAUCAUUCCCUGUAUAUAUACUAUCCAUUCAUUAUCUCAGUGUGAUUAGAAUGGCUUCUUGGAAUAAACACUUUAUAGUAACUGA